GUGAGCACAGCAGUCUCUAAAUAAACUAUUCGCGAACCUGCCCAUUGCUAUUAUCCGGUGUGCGUCAGGCACAUAUACACUCAGUCUCAAUCGACAUUUCUAGACGACAAAUUGCUCCUUAGAGAGACCCGACUUUCACUCCACCUGGGGUCAAAACAGUGGUAGCUCCGUCUCCAGGCUCCCAAGGCCCACCAUGAAGUUCACCGUCGCAAUACCGCUCGUCGCCUCCAUUGUGAGCUUCGUGCUCACCAUCCUGGCACUGCUUGCCGGCAGCCACAAGGGGUUCAUGGAGGACUACCACGUGGUUAUGGUCAACACUUCCACGCUCGGCCAGAACUUUUUGGCGAAUCUCGCAGACGGUAGCAGUAGUGGUCUCUUUAGCUCCAUCGAGGCCUCGGCGACUGCUGUCAUUGGCUCUGUGGAGAGCGAGGCUGCCAGCAUCCUCAACGACAUCGGCAAUGAUGUCGCGGACAAGCUGUCGAAAGAGCUGGGCAUUGAGCAGUUCUACUCAUUCCACGUCCUCGACCUCUGCCAAGGUGACUAUGCGCCAAACGCCACUGCGUCGGGCGCAUGGCUGAACAUCUCAUCCGUGCUGACUACUGGAGCAGCCUCCAUGGACAUGUCUGACCUCCUCAACAAGCAACUGAGUCUCGGUCCAUUCAACGUGUCCCUCUCGGAUCUUGGAUUUACCCAGAAGCUGGAGCAGAAGCUGAGCAAGCUGCCGACCGUUUUUGAGGCCCUGGCCGCUUUAUACAUCGUCAGCACCAUAUUCACCGGCCUGUCGAUACUCGGCGCGGCAGCAGGCUUCUUCCUGAUCCCGCAGAAGGGCCGCAAAGUUCUGGUUGCCAAUCUCGGUCUUGCGCUAACCGCGGCCCUCGUUCUCUUCAUCGGCAGCCUCCUGUACACCGUCGGCGCCACUGAGAUGGUCAAGAAGAUCCGUGAAGAAAACGCCGAUGAUAUCGGACUUGAGGUCACCGUCGGCUCCAAGUUCCAGGGCCUCACCUGGGCUGCGUUCGCCCUUAUGGUCGUCGCGACGGGUUACUGGACCUGGGAGCUCAUCGCCGCCAUCCGUGCCAGGAGAAGGAACCAGCGCACGCGCGGCAAGGUUGAAAAGCACUCCAUGGACUCCAGCUGGGACCGUCGGAACUAUAGAUGAGCUCUCCUGGUUUGAUAUUCACCUGUUUCGAAUCUUGUCUGGGAAGAAAUUGUGUGUGUCGAUCAUCCGGGACGGUGGGCCUGGUGCCUCCGUACGCGCCGCUCUUUCAUGAGACUAGAACGGUUGGCCGAUACUUCGCACCCUCUUAAGGGAUGUCGUCAGUUGCCUGUAUGCGUCUGAAUUAGUUGUGCAUUAUUUCUUAUGUCUUAGAGAUAGCUGAGGUCUCUUGUGAAGAUUCAAAUCGGUCUGGCUUCAAUAAAAAAAAUCAGGAUGAUGUCUGCGUCUUGGUUUGUGACAAAGAAAGGCGAGUGAGUAUAGUACGAUGAACCAUCCCAAGUAACAACAUUGCGUAAUUAAUUGGUGUGACGUUCAUC